UUUAAGAGCCCUUCAAAAACAAUCCGUCACCGGAUGACGAUGUGCUAUAAUGUAUUGAAAUAAUUUAAAUUGAAAUGGUUCUUGGAAUGUUUUUUAUUUCGUCAUAAAACAUGGCUACUUUUGAAUGGCUGUCUAUGGAUAAAUAUGCGUUUUGCCAUCGGGUGGUGUAGUUCCAGCAUCUACCAGCAGGUGCUAACAGGGACCUGCUAACCAGCCAAUUCAUGGUACCCUAGCAACAGCGCAUGAACGUAAAUUCCGCGAUAUCUGCCUUUGAUCUCGAGAUGUGAGAACUGUCCGACUUGACAGCUCUUUUUCUCCUCCCUCUGACUGCAGCCGCCUACUCGCCUGUCUACUGUCAACUAGAGUGUCGCCCAACCGUCACUCGACCCGGAAGUGCUUCUGCAGACCUGAUGUCUCCUAAACCCAUGGAGCCAUUUGCAAGAAAGAUUUUUAAAGGAAUCAUUCUGUUUGAGGUGGCUGGUGUGAUUGGGGCAUAUGCACUCUUUCACAAGAUGAACUCCAGUCGAGACUUCAGAUGCACUGUGAAUACUUAUUGUCCUCAAAUUCUAGAGGUGUAUUACAGAUCAAAUGAGUGGUCUGGGAUCUAUGGCAUCCGGGAGGCAGAUCAUGAGGUCUGGUCUUCCAAGCUGGAGUAGAAGUUUCUGCUCUUCACCUUCAAUUUUUUUUCAUAGACUUUUUAGUCUUUCGUGCCAUUCCAAGCUUUCUCCUGUUGAACAUAGCCUUUUUUCCUGCGGAGAGUUUUAACAUCUCUUCCACGGAUCCACUCAUCCCGUUGAGCUUCCCAUCUCAGCUGCUUCACAUCUGCGUGAAGACAGGAAGAAUUUCACUUCACAGUCUGCACUUUCUUCUGCAAAUAGAUUUUACUCACAGAUAACAUGCUAUUAAACACUCUGAAUGAUGAAACCUAUUAACCUCUUAUUAUUGUGUAUUAGGGGUCAAUGAUGUGAUGCUAAUUUUGUUUUUGUCUGGACAUCAAGCUGUACAAAAUUGUUCAAAAUUAAAAUAGAGAAAUUGAAAAUAUA